UCGCGCACAGGCAGGCCCGCGACCGCAUUUUCUGAGCUUCGGGCGGUAGCCGUGUCCUGGAGCCUUUUCACGUAGAGGGCAGCGGGCUUUUUCAAGUGGUGUUCCACUAGAGACCGAGUCGGCAAUUGUGUCACGGGCUCCCCAGCCGGGGCCCGGCUGUGGCUGUGGAGACAAUGAAAGACCCACCGGACAGGACGGACCCGGCUCAGCCCCGCAGUCUCAGAUUCGGCCGUUGAGGGGAGAGGCCUGCGAGAAGAGUCCAAAGCGGGGAUGGGGCCGCAGUGAAGCGACGCCGACGCUCAGAGAACUGCUGGGAGGCGGUGGCGCGAGGUGGGACCCAGAUGCUGGAGGAAGGAGAACCACCUUCUCCAGACCCUGCCCUUCCCCAAGAGGAGGACACAGAGGAGGAAGGAAUGGCAGCUGGUCUCACAGCAGGGCCCCAAGGAUCCACACCUUUCAGCAGUGUGACUGUAGAUUUUACCCAUGGGGGAUGGAGGCAGUUGGCCCCUGCUCCGAGGGACAGGUUCGAGGAAGGGAUGCCAGAAAAGUCCAGAAACCUGGUCUUACUGGGACUUCCAGUUUCCCAACCUGGUAUGAACUCCCAGUUGGAACAAAGGGAAGGUUCAUGGAUGCUCGAGAGAGACGGCCUAAGGAAUGCCUGUCCAGAUUGGAAGAUUAUAUCUGAAUCACUACCUGAGCAAGACAUUUCUGAAGAAUCAUUCCAAGAUCCAAGUGCAGAGAUGCCUUCUGGGGUGUCAGAGCACAGGAACAGUGAACUGGGGAAAAGCCUCAAUCUGAGACCAGUCCUUUCUCCACAACAGAGAGUUCCUACAGAAGUGAGAUCCCAUAAAUGUGACACACACACAGAGAGCUUUGGGAAUAAUGCAGGUACAGUUAAACCUCACAGAGCGAAGCCGUACACGUGUAACGAAUGUGGCAAGGCCUUCAGUUAUUGUUCUUCCCUUUCUCAGCAUCAGAAGAGCCAUACUGGGGAGAAGCCAUAUGAGUGCAAUGAAUGCGGGAAGGCCUUCAGCCAGAGUUCAUCUCUUAUUCAGCACCAGAGGAUUCACACCGGAGAGAAACCUUAUAAAUGCAGUGAAUGUGGGAGAGCCUUCAGCCAAAACGCAAACCUCACAAAACACCAGCGAACUCAUACUGGAGAAAAGCCCUACAAAUGUACCGAGUGUGAGAAAGCCUUCAGUGACUGUUCAGCCCUUGUUCAGCACCAGAGAAUUCACACUGGAGAGAAGCCUUAUGAGUGUAGCGACUGUGGGAAGGCAUUCCGCCACAGUGCAAAUCUUACCAACCACCAGCGGACUCACACAGGGGAGAAGCCCUACAAGUGCAGAGAAUGUGGGAAGGCCUUCAGCUACUGUGCGGCAUUUAUUCAGCACCAGAGAAUCCAUACAGGGGAGAAGCCCUACAAAUGUAACGCAUGUGGGAAGGCCUUCAGCCAGAGUGCAAACCUCACAAACCACCAGAGGACUCACACUGGAGAGAAACCCUACACGUGUAGUGAGUGCGGGAAAGCAUUCAGCCAAAGUACAAACCUUAUAAUCCACCAGAAGACUCACACUGGAGAGAAACCUUAUAAAUGUAAUGACUGCGGGAAAUUCUUCAGUGAGAGCUCCGCCCUUAUUCGGCAUCAUAUAAUUCACACAGGAGAAAAGCCCUACGAGUGCAAUGAGUGUGGGAAGGCAUUUAACCAGAGCUCAUCCCUUAGUCAGCAUCAGCGAAUUCACACUGGUGUGAAGCCCUAUGAAUGUAGAGAGUGUGGGAAGGCCUUCAGGUGUAGUUCAGCUUUUAUUAGACAUCAGAGACUCCAUGCUGGAGAGUAACUGGGAACAUAACUGAAGUGGAUGGGGACCUGACCAGUAAUUUGAAGGCAUCUGGGGACAUCUGAUGUAAAGGCUUAGCCCAGAGCCACAUGCAAAAGCACCUUUUAAUAGUCACUAUUUUACACCUUGCAUGUGGUGCUCCUUUAUCAACACUUGGUAAGCAUAGACUGCCCAGCUCCAAUUACACUGGUUUCAAGAUUUACCUUUACCUCAGAAACAUUGGUUUAUAAAGAAUGAAUCAA